AUGGCUAACCUCACAUACUCCCACCCCCGCGCCUAUGGCAAGGACUCGCGUCACUGCCGCGUGUGCAAGACCACUCGUGGGUUGAUCCGCAAGUACAACCUGAACAUCUGUCGUCGCUGCUUCCGUGAGCGUGCCACGGACAUUGGCUUUGUCAAGUACCGGUAA